AUGUCUACUUUCUAUUCAAGAAUGAGCGCCAAGUUCAUUGUGUUGUCGCCACACGGACGGACUCGGUUUCUUCAGAGUACAAGCCUGGAUAUCAAUGUCGUCCCGAAUAAUCCGCGUGAGAUAAACUUCCACCAAAUGUGGAAGAGUUACUCGUACAAAAAUAAUGAUCCAAGCCCUGGCAGAUUGAUGGGUCGAUUUUUCCAGAAGGGUCGAUUCUUCCACAAAGGCAUAUGGAGGAAAAGACAGGUCGUCAAUGCGCCCGUUCAUUGUGAAUGCGCACUUGUCUUGCACUUUCUGAAGAAGAGGGGUGUUUAUCCCCCUUUGAAUUACAUUGACAUGUCGAAACUUGCUUGCUAUUCGUUUUGGUUGCUCAUCCGAUGUCUCCGGGAACAGGGUAUCAUCAACUACUGUGUGCGAGGGACGCUUGACAGCUUCUAUUUCCCAUGGAAAUACCCCUCGGAUGAAAUGAAAGCUUGCCUCUCAGCGAAGCAAGGAAAUGUCAUCGAGAAGUUGAUCUACGAGAAGCUCGCCAGAAUGUACAAAAGGCACGUCUUAUCCUAUCGAAAUGAGAUGCAUGGGAUGAAUUCAGACAGACGGCCGCUGUUAGACCGGGAUAGUCCACACUAUCAAGAAACCAUGAGUCAUAUCCACGAUAUCAUUGCUCGUCAUUAUCCAGAUCAAUAGAAACCCAAGGCUACAGGGCUAUACUGGUUAUCGCUUUCAAUAUUUGCUAUCAUAUUGACCCUAUUGACGGUGUUAUCGCCAGAUGUUACGACGCCAUUCCAACAAGUCGUUUGAGCGGCUUCCAGCACGAUUUGUGCCUCGUAACAUCAGAGAAGGAAGCAAAUUUGUCGUGAUAUAUUAGUUCGACCGGAACCCCGAAAGUUAUAGGCUGGGGGUCGUAUAAAGCCGUACUAGACGGCCGGCUGUUGCUACUCGCUCUCUCGCUUCUUGUCUCCUGGGG